AUGGUCUCAGAGAAUGGGCGGCAGGAGACCGGCGGUGUGGACGAAGAGAGUGCGCAAAGUGUGACAAAUGAGCACCAUGGAGAAGUUGGAGAGGAGAAGUUUCAAAGAGAACCGAAAAGACCAUCGCACUGGCGUCUGCUGACUUCUCAUGGACUUAUCAACGAGGAAGUGCACUCGUGGCAAUAUGAAGGGUCCGGCACAGAACUCAAUCCCUACGUGGUCACCUGGAUCGAAGAUGAUCCCCGGGAUCCUCAAAACUUUCCUGCACCAAAGAAAUGGUAUAUCACGGCAGUAUCGGCCUUGACUUUAUUCAUCGUCACCUUGACAUCGUCGGGAUACACCGGCGGCAUCCCUUCGAUGAUGGAACAACUUCAAAUCAGUCAGGAACUUGCCAUCGCAGGGGUAUCGCUCUACGUCGUUGGAUUCGCCGUCGGUCCGAUCUUCUGGGCACCAUUUAGUGAAGUGGCUGGUCGACAAUUGACGCACUUGAUCAGUUAUUUCGUCUUUGCUGCUUUCAAUGGAGGUGUCACGGCCGCGCAGAACAUCGAGACUAUCUUGGUGUGUCGGUUCCUCGCGGGCUCGUUCGGCGCGGCAGGUCUGACAAAUGCAGGAGCCAUCGUCGCGGACAUGUUUGCGCCUCGAGACCGCGGACUGGCGAUGACGUUCUUCGCAGCAGCGCCAUUCCUUGGGCCGGUGCUUGGGCCAAUCACUUCGGGGUUCAUCGCUCAAGCAGCAGGCCGAGAUGGAUGGAGAUGGACGAGUGCCCUUUUCACCGUGCUGGCGGUUGUUUUUUGGAUCUUGGGAAUGGUCUCGGUGCCUGAGACGUAUGCUCCAGUGUUGCUAUCAGCUCGUGCGAAGAAGCUUUCUCAGGCGACUGGUAAGGUCUAUCGGUCACACUUCGAAGUCAAGGGGACGUCGAUGACAUUCUCCGACAAAAUGAAGAUAGCAUUGACACGCCCUUGGCGCCUGCUGUUCUUGGAACCCAUCGUCUUCUUAUUGUCAUUAUACCUUUCCAUCAUAUACGCGAUUUUAUAUCUCUUGUUCGCGGCCUUCCCAGUCGUGUACCAACAGACACGAGGCUGGAAGCCGGGGGUCGGGGGCCUUGCAUUUGCGGGUGUUGCCGUUGGAGUGUUUGCGUCGGUGGUGCUGAAUUUCUGGAUCAACAACCGGUAUCAAAAGAUCAAAAACCCGACGCCGGAAUCGCGGCUCCCACCAGCCAUGCUCGGCGGCGUCGCCGUCACCACUGGCUUGUUCUGGUUCUCCUGGACCAACGGCCCCUCGGUCCACUGGCUCGUCAGCAUCGCCGCCAGCGGCGUCUUCGGCUUCGGCAUGGUGUUGAUUUUCCUUUCGAUCAACAACUACCUUGUUGACGGGUACCUACUCUACGCGGCGUCCGUUCUCGCCGGAGGGACCGUGAUGAGGUCGCUUCUCGCAUCUGCGUUUCCCAUGUUUACCGCAUACAUGUACAGGCGUCUGGGCAUACAUUGGGCAUCUAGCAUACCGGCGUUUCUGUCCCUCGCGUGUGCGCCGUUGCCCUUCAUCUUUUAUUUCUAUGGGGCCAGGAUCCGUAAGCAUAGUUGGGUUGCAACGCACGGUGCUUAG